AAAUAUCCUGUCGUCAUGUGGCACGGCAUAAUAGACACCCAGGGCCACUACUUCGGUCCCGCGUCGUCGGAGGUGGCAGCGGCGGUCAGGGAAGCCGACGCCGCUCUGCAGCAACUCUGGAAGGACCUCUCGGGUCGGGACGUGAUAGACAGCGUCAACGUGGUGUUAGUCAGCGACCACGGAAUGGCUUGGACGGGGCAGGGGAAGGUGCGGGAGCUGGACGUGGUUCCCUGCCUGGAGGAGUCGCAGGUGGAGAAGGUCGUCGAGUAUGGUGGCUACAUCAACGUCCAACCAAGAGCUGGCCAUGCGAUGGAGGUGAUGGAGAGCUUGCGCAGGUGUCCGACCGUGGGCGAAAACGUGAACGUGUUCCUGAAGAAGGAUGUGCCCGAGCCUCUCCACUACAAGGCACAUCGCCUCAUACUGGAGAUUGUCGUCAUUGCGAAGGAGGGGUAUAUGAUACGCCCGCCCCAGACCGCCUACUCAGUGCCCGAGAGCGCGGGCUCCUACGAGGGAAACCACGGCCUCGACAACACGAAUGGACGCAACCCCGACAUGCGCGCUGUUCUCUAUGCCGUCGGGCCAUACUUUGCUCCGGGAGUCCGAGCCGGGGUGGUGGAGCAGGUCGACGUGUACAACCUCCUGUGCCGAAGUGUCCAGCUCCAGUGCCACGCCAACAACGGCACCUUGGCCCACGUGGAGGCGUUCUUCCGACCCGGAGUCCCCCUGCAGAGCAAUGCUAUCUCGAGGGGCGGGAUACCUCUGGCCGCUCUGAUGGCCAUCGUGUCCGCGCUGCUCUUGCUUUGAUCGGGGUCUGCCAUUUUCCGUGGCAGCAGCACAGGACGCACUUCUCUCUUUUUACAAGAUUUUAGAACAUGAUUUACUUUUCAGUCACUUUUAAGAUACUUUAUCUCUUAUUUAGGCACCUUUACAACUUAAUUUUCUCUUCUUUUGUCACAUUUACGACAAUUUUCUCUUCUCUAGACCCUCUUUCUCCACAUGCUUACCUUGAUCCCAAUGCUCUGCCACUCAGCCAAGCGAAUGAGUUUCAGAUUUCUUUCUAAGACAUGUACAAAGGAAAGUGAACAAGAAGAUCCGUAAAUCACACAUCUUUGGGCUUUGGGCUUUGUGUCUGUGAAGGUAGUAUGUAAAGUGGACUUACUUUGGAAUCUAUUUAGUCGUAAACCUGAGGGAUCUAGCUGACACCUGCUGUUAUUAACUAGGGUAACGAUACUGUCCCGUUACGCUAUGUCAGUUGAAAAUAUAUGUUUAAGAAUUAAAGAAAUAAUUCAAAAAUA